CGGGUCAUGUCGUCAAACUUUUCUGCCGGAACGCCACAAAACAUUUUAUUCGCUCAAAAAUCUUAGAAUUUCUUGUAAAUCUGGGCAUUUGUGGUAUCCAGAGGAUGCACCUGUGAGUGUUUUGGAGUAAUAGACAAGAGUAAACAUGCGUUUCUCAAUCGAUGAAGUAAACUUCCUGGGUGUGCCGCCAUCUCCAAGAAUCAGGAUUCCACCAUUCAAAUGGAAGGGUUCGUCCAGCACUAGAGUGCGAGACUGAGAGAAGUCUGUGCGGAUGUAGGUACAUCGAUGAGGCGUCUCUGGAAAUUACGAGCAUGGACCCCAAGAAUAAGGGACAACGGACGGAAUUUUUCGUUUCAUCAAGAAUGUCACUCCGUUGAUUCAAUCUGCCCUGGAUGGGUACAAUGUGUGCAUUUUCGCGUACAAACAGACGGGCUCUAGGAAGACCUUCACAAUGGAGGGUACUGAGGGUCAAUUGGGCGUUAUUCCGCGUACCGUUGACCUUCUUUUUGAUUCCGUGAAGAAUUACAAGAGAAUUGGGCGGGAGUAUGAGAUCCGGGCAACCUUCCUGGAGAUCUACAAUGAGGUCCUCUAUGAUCUUCUCAAUCCGGAGGCGACUGACUUGGAAAUCCGCAUGGUCAGCGCAUCAAGCAAAACGGAUGUUUAUGUGAGCAACAUAACGGAGAAGAUUGUUGAAAAUGGGCAACAAUUGAGGGCAUUGAUGGAUGCUGCCAAGCGCAAUCGAGCAACAGCCUGCACGGUUGGCAAUGAACGUUCAUCGCGUUCCCCAUACGCAAUUAUGCGCCUACAGCUGAUUGGAGUGCACGUGGGGAAGCAGGAAAAGUGCGUUGGAACCGUUAAUCUUGUGGACCUCGCAGGAUCGGAGUCCCCGAAGACCAGCAUCCGAAUGGAGGAGACAAAGAAGAUCAGCAGGAGUCUCAGUGAGCUCACAAAUGUCAUCAUGUGGCCACCAGCAGCGCCUAAAUUUUCUUUUUAAUAAAAAUUUCAACAGA